AUGGCUAACUCUGCCCCAACUAACAGCCCACGAAAGGUCGACCAUCUUGUGGUCCUUGUUCACGGGCUCUGGGGCCACCCGAAGCACCUCAACUACCUCACCACUGCCAUCCGCGAGAGGUAUCCAGACCUUGACGUCCUUGUUCCCGAAAGCAAUUCCGGUAGUUUCACCUACGACGGCAUCGAACUUGGUGGCGAGCGUGUCGCGAACGAAGUCGAAGCAAGACUCGAGGAGCUGAAGAAGGACGGCCACGAUAUCAAUAAGUUCAGCAUUACUGGAUAUUCCUUGGGAGGCCUUGUAGCAAGAUAUGCAAUCGGACUGCUCUACCACAAGGGUGUCUUUGAGCACAUACAACCAGUAAACUUCACCACCUUUGCUACACCACAUCUCGGCGUCCGAACACCACUGAGAGGAUACACCAGCCAUGUAUGGAACGUGUUGGGAGCCAGGACGCUGUCGACCAGCGGCAGACAGUUGUUCGCUAUCGACAAGUUCCGAGACACUAGCCGACCUAUACUGUCCGUGCUGGCAGAUCCCGAGAGCAUCUUCAUCAAAGCCCUAGCACAAUUCAAGCACCGCAGCCUGUAUGCGAACAUCGCGAACGACCGUACCGUGACUUAUUAUACCGCUGGGAUUUCUCAGACUGAUCCGUUUGUCAAGCCAGACGAGGUCAAGAUCAACUACCUGCCGGGCUACGACCAGGUCAUCAUCGAUGGCGAGAAUCCAGCUUCACCAAAAGAGCAGGAGCCCGCGCCGGCAUUGGCCCAACGGCUGACUGCUUCCACACGGACUGUCUUCAGCCGCGUGCCUCUUUUCGCGUUCCUAGUUGUUUUCAUACCCAUCGGCACCACGCUCUUCCUGUGCAACUCAGCGAUUCAGUCGUUCCGUAGCCAACAGCGUAUCCGCCUACACGAGAUGGGUGGGGCGGGGAUCGAGGCUGGUCGAUACCGCGUCCCAGCCAUGCUCAAUGCUGCCCGCAAGGAAGUCGAGGAUAUGUUUGAGAAUGUCAACAACGCUCAAGAACAGGAGUAUCUGGACGCCGACAGCGAGGAGGUGGCUUCUCCGACCCAGCCUACGUCUCCCAGGUACGAAGGCAAGAACCCUGUUGCGGACGUGGAGUCCAACGAGGAGUCCAAGGGCUCUGGGGUUGAGUUUCCGGCUCUCGCCCUGAGGCAGGAUCAGUUCAAGAUGAUCGAAGCUCUCGACAAUGUAGGCAUCCAGAAGUUUCCCGUAUACAUCCGCAAGGACCGCCACUCGCACGCAGCCAUUAUUGUGCGCAUGGAGAAGAAGUCUUUUGACGAAGGGCGGGUUGUGGUCAGGCACUGGCUGGACAAGUUUGAGGUUUGA